AUGUAUUCAGUUACGGAAUCACGUCGUGCUACUGUUUCAUGUAAACAUUUAUUUCCAUCAUCCACUAAUGAUUGUUCAAUACCAACAUUAUCAUCAUCUCGACGACAUGUUAAUAAUAAUUCAAAUAUAAAACGAAAUAAUAAUAAUAAUAAUAAUAAUAAUAACAAUAAUAAUAACACAUUUACACGAUCAUCAAAUCAUUCAACAAAAUUACAAAAAAAAUUUAUUGAUAGACAAAAUGAAAAUCCUUCAAAUUCGAAUUUCCUUCAUGUGCCAUUUUGUAUUGAACAAAUAAAUGAUAAUGGAAAAAAAAAUGUAUCAAAAAAUGAUAAUAAAUCAUUUCAAACAUCAUUAAAUCCGCUUUCUCCUGUAUUUUAUUCUACUCGACAAACUUCAUUAUUAUUAGAUCAUAAACAAGAUAUUAUAUCAAGUGAUGCCAAAGUUCCAACAUUAUCCGAAACAUCGGAUUAUAGUAGUGGUACUGAUCUUGAAUUACAAUCAAUUCAACAUAUACCACCACAAACCAAUUCAUCACCAUUUACAUUUGAUUUUGAUGAACCAUCAUUUUCAUAUUCAAUAGAAAAUAUAAAUAAUCAAACAACAUCAAUUCGUCGUACAUCUUUGUCAUCAUCUUCAUCAUCAUCAUCAUCUUCAACAUCACCAUCAUCAAGUAUUAGUAAUCUUUCUUCAUUAUCAUCUUCAUCUGAACUUCAAACAAAUUUUAAUAAUCAAAAUCAUUUAUCAAAUAAAAAAAUUUUAUCAUUAUAUAAUAACAACAAUAAUAAUAAUAAUAAUAAUAAUAAUAAUAAUAAUAAUACAUUAAAUGUUGCACCUAUAUGUCAUUGUGAAAAAGAAAAUUUUUCUAAUCGUAAACGUAAUCGUUUUAAUUCUUAUCCAAUAAGACGUUAUACAACAAUAAAUUAUUGUGAAAAUUGUCAAACUAAACGUAUUAAAUGUAAUUUACGUGCAAAAUAUGAUUCAAAUCGACAACAGAAAGAACAUUUUAAUAAUAAUAAUCGAUAUUAUGAUACAACAUUAAUACCGACUAAAUUUACUAUUGAUUUAACUGGUCUUAAUAUAAGUUAUACAAUAGAAUAUCAUGAUAAUAUUAAAUGUAUAUGUUCAACACCAAUAAUACCAUAUACAAAUACAUAUAUUAAUUGUUGUAAAUGUUUAUCACCUAAUAAUUGGCCAUCAUUUUCAAUGAUAAAUUCAUUUAAUGAAUAUACUAAUCAAUUAUAUUAUAUUAAUAUGCAUAAUAAUUCUUGGAUACAACAACCACAACAAACAAGUUCAACAUUUAAUUAUCAUGAUUUUUAUUUAACAAGAUUAAAUAAUCAUAAUAAUAUAUCAUCAAUUCAUUUUAAUGAUAAUGUAAUUAUUAAUGCAAUGGAUCAUUUACCAUCGUAUUAUCUUCGAUGUAUGACAUCCCCGAUCGAAAGAGAGUCUAUUCAACCACCACCAACACGAUCGUGGCUACGUUUAGCAUCACCAAAUACAAAACAGUCAACACCAAUAUUUACAGUUAUGAAUUAUAAUAUACUUUGUGAUAAAUAUGCAACAAGACAUAUUUAUGGUUAUUGUCCAUCAUGGGCAUUAAAAUGGGAAUAUAGACGAAAACAAAUAUUUGAUGAAUUACGUUCAUAUUCAGCUGAUAUUAUUGCUUUACAGACGAAGCACUCAUUUAAUCAAGUAAAUGUUAUAUUUUUAAUAUAA